CUAUAAAAAGCAUGUCCACAACAACAAUCAUCACACUUACAACAAAACUUGUUAUAUUAUAACCAAAGUUACAAAAAUGAAUGUCAAGCCUGUUAUCUUCUUGUGCUUCCUCUAUGUACUACUUCUUAUCGCUUCUGAAGCAACUGAACCGUCCAAAGAUGAAAAACAAGCAGAUAAAACAGAAGUAGCUGAAACAAAGGUUGGGAUAGACGGCUGGGAAGGAAGACCUCUCAGAGGACCAGGUGGUGGAGGACCAGGCGGAGGGGGACCAGGUGGCGGAGGACCAGGCGGAGGAGGACCAGGUGGCGGUGGUCCAGGUGGAGGAGGACCAGGUGGCGGUCGAGGAGGUGGUGGGCCUCACGGAGGACCCGGUGGCGACGGACCAGGCGGUGGAGGGCCAGGAAGAGGACCCCCAGGCGGUGGAGGGCCAGGAAGAGGACCCCCAGGAGGAGGAGGACCACGCAGAGGUCCAGGCGGCCCUGGCGGUGGAGGAGGUGGACGACACGGUGGUGGAGUGGAUAAAACUGAAGAAUCCAAACCCAAGGUUGGUGGAAGUGGACAAGGUGGAGGAGGAUCACAUGGUGGUGGAAGUGGACACGGUGGAGGAGGAGGAGGAGGUGGAGGACACGGAGGAGGCAAAAAAGGAGGGGGUGUGGGAAGUCCGUGAAAACAAUGACACGUGCAUGCAUGUGUGUAAAUAACGUUGUAGAAUAAAGCAUGGAGUGUAUCAUACUUCAUGGCUAGUUUGUUGUAGGAUGAAUGUUCCCUUUUAACUAAAAAGUUUUAAUUAAGAAUGUUGCUACUUAUAUCUAAAUAA